UCCCAGUGGUUUGCUCCUCACUCCAGCUGAUCGGCCCAGCCAGCCAGCGUCCCCGGUGGCCCUGUCCGUUGUUGGCUUCUCCACGGGCCCCGACUUCCAUCUGAAAACUGGAUUAAUUUCACGUGCUCGCCGGCGGCCGCCGCUCGUGUCGGCAGAGUUAUCCGUUCUAGGCCGAAAACCCCCGGGAGCAGUUAAUCCGACUCCGAGGAGGGACCCGUGAAGCCCGGGCUAGCCGAACGCAGACGGGAGGCCUUCACCCCAUCCGCGGAUUCACCUGCUGCGCGGAGAGCCUGUCACGGCCGACCGACAUGGGGGACACCGGGAGCGAGGGCAGCAAGGGGCCGAGCAACGUCAACGUUUUACCCCCGCGCUGCCCGUGUGGCUUCUGGGGGUCGAGCAAAACUAAGAAUCUCUGCUCAAAAUGUUUUGCAGACACUGAGAAGAAACAGCCAAACAACGAUUGUGCCCCAAAGACCUCUUCAAGCACCAGCAGCAGUCAAACGGACAUCUUCUGUACCGAAACAAACAACAGCAUUAGUCAGUCCCUGAUGUCAAGAUCCAACACUUCAGAAGAACCUCAGCCAGGAGAGCCCAGAGUGACAUCUGUUCACACUCAGAAUGGUAAGACCACAGGACUCUCCAACACAGAUACUGUCCUGGCUUCUCUUUCCACUCCCACAAAACGUUCAUAUGAAACUGCCUCAGAGUCAGAAAGUGACUCUUCACCUGAGAAGCGAGCGAGAGUGGCUGAGGUCCCGGAGGGUGAGGAGGGUGAGGAGUGUUCAUCGUCGUCAUCAUCAUUGUCAUCUUCGCCAUUUUCUUCUCGCAGCGGCUCCAAACAGCGGAGCCGCAAACGUUGCCAUCGCUGCCAAACUAAACUGGAGCUGGUACAGCAAGAACUGGGCUCCUGUCGAUGUGGCUUUAUCUUCUGCAUGCUCCAUCGUCUUCCUGAGCAACACGAUUGUCUCUUUGACCACCAAGGGCGCGGGCGUCAGGAGGCUGUGCUCAAGAUGGUCAAGCUGGACCGCAAAGUGGGCCGCUCAUUCCAGCGCAUCGGGGAGGAGUGUUCGUGAGCAGCCGGAGGAGCCUCGGCUUUCAGACGGUGUCUUGGCGCUAACAGGGAUAUGAUUUUCCUCCUCUUCUUUAAUUCUUCAGGGUUUUUCACAAGUUUUUCUUUUUUUUUUUUUCUUUUUUUUGUAGUAUAAAAACCUGCAUUUGGUCUAUUUUAAGAUUGGCUCUUGUUAAAUUCUCCCCUUACUCUUAUCCUGAUUGUCUCCUGCUCCUCUUGGUCUAAUCAUUUCCAUUUUGCUAAGAUGCCUAUUGGGGGGAGGGAAGCAGAUCCAAUGAUGGGAACAUUUUAGCAAAAUGAAAUUGAAGUUUUUUUUUUUGAGGAGCUCUUGACUACAAAUCUACGACUGGUGUGAAAGUAUAUAAAGGGAUGUCAAGAUGAAACGCAAUCCUUAUAUUUGUGUUGGAAACCAGACUGUACUCUUUACCUCAGAAAAAAAAAAAAAAAAAAAAAGAAUGAUCAGGAGGGGAAAGAGUUGGUCAUCCUUCUUGCACACUUUGGCUUUGGCGCUGUUUCUAGACUCUGCUCUUUACCUCAGAAUCCAGACCAGAGCUGCUUUGUACCCUGCACCAAGUACGGACUUUGUGAGGCUAACCAGUUAGCCGGCCUCUGUUCAAGUCAUGUCUAACCCACACUGGCCAUCCAGCUCUUAUAACUCUAAACCCUUCAGAGAGACAAACGGCUGUUAGUCACCCACCUCAGAAUAUUCAAAGCUCACCGUGCCCUCACCCUCCCACCAGCUUGCCUCCUUUCUCUCUGCUCUACAGAACACCAUUUAAUCAUUUGUUUCUAGGUUGUUUCAAACUGAAGGUGCUUCUGCAACAGUGGACUUAAAAAAAAAAAUAUGUGUCUGGACACCAACGGUCCAUAAUCAGGACCUGCAGACUUUGCCGGAUGCGAACACAUGGGGACAGCAAACUCCUUGUUCUUGGAUUAUGACUUCAGUGUUGGGAAGGGGCUAUGUUUUUUUUUUUUUUUCUCAGUCCUCUUUUCCUGUUCUUAUCUUUCACAUGUAGGCAUUUCUCCAAAUCUGUGUUCUUUAAUAAAGAUGUAUGAGGCUUUUUUUUUUUUUUUUUUUGUCCUUGUAUACAAUAUUGAGAGACUAGUUUUAAGGGCAUAAGAGACGGCGCACUAAUGAGAAAUGUCUGGACCUGGACAGUUUGCAUCCUUAUCUACUGAAGACAUUGAAGCGAGGACUGAAGAUGCAUGAAGCAACUGAGAGGUUCCCAUUUUGGACUGGAUUGUUUAUUCAGGUCUUACCAUUCAUGCUUUAGCCCCUUCACUGCUGGUUAGUUUCAAGGCCUGCAUUAAAACAAGAUACCUUUGACUUUAUUUUUUCUUCCUUUAACCAAUAUAUCAAUGUUCCUCAAUACAAGAUUUGAUUUUCCUUUAGCAGGAUGUUCAAGUGCACCUUUCUCACAUUUUCCCCUGCUUUUAUCAUUUAGCUUGUUUUUUUUUUCCUUUCCCCCACCUUGGUUUGCUGUAACUGAGGGAACAACUGUGGUGAGCAAGGUGUUUGAAAUAAAGAAAAAAUGGCUAUAGUUGCCUUUAAA